UACAGAGUCAGCCUAGCUUUCUAUUCGUUGUUCUCACAUGAAUGUAGGCAGAGCCAAAGUGAAGUUAUUUUUCACGACUACACAUUAAUAAUUUGAGCGAGGUACGCGGAUCAAAUUACUGUUUAGUUAUCAUUGCGUAAAAUAUGAAAGUGUCGUGUAGGGGCCUACGAAAUAAAAAACGUCUAUCACAACCUUGGCUUGCCAAAACUGGUGACUGCGUGGUUGGUAUUACACAAACAUUGUAAAAAGUUAUUUACAGUAUUAGUAUUAGUGCGUGUGUUUAUGACAACAGUGAAGACACUAUGUCUCAAGGUACUCCGUUAAAACGUAGUCAGAAAACCGAUUUUUCUUCUGCUGUGGUAGUAACACGUGAAAGAAGUUUUAUUAGACCAAAUAAAGAUCCACAAAAAAGAAGAAGUCAAACCAUGGCCACGAUUAAAGGCAAGCCCACAAUGGAAAUCUACAGACCACCAAAUGUAAGAAGUGACGUUGCCAACACGGGAAAGUUAAAUGUGCACGCCAAAGAAUUUACAAUGAGUCAUGAAUUGCAACCUUCUAAAUCUAGCGGAAAUAUAACAGCAAAUUUCGAAUCAGUGCCUUUACAACACUCAAAAUCAAGUGGAAACAUAUUAAAGCAUGUCAGUCCUACAAUAAUUCCACUUAUUUCUACACCUCUGCCUUUACCCUUGCUGCAUUCAACAUCGACGUCUCAUAUAUUCCAUCACGUCCCAAGAGUUAGUUAUCAAUUUGGAAAUGAAAUGAUGUCGCAUCCCAUUUUUACAGGACAAAAUCAUUCAUUUCAACAAAAUAACUGGAAUAAUAAUUAUCAGCACAACAAUACCAGCCAAAAUCUAAAGCGUUCCAAAAGUUUAGGUGCAACGGAUUCCCAAAAUCUUGCAGCAAAAUUAAGAAGUUUGGCUAAGGAAGAAAUCAAUUUUGAGAUAUUUUCUUCUGAAUAUCAAGGAAAUUUAAAAAUGGCUGUUGAAGAUCCAGAUCAGUUAUCUUCACGUACUGUGAUGGAUUUGGUAAAAAUAAUAAUGGAACGUGUAGUUGAAGGUAUACGAUACUGUGAAACAGGAGCUAAAUUAUCUAUCUCGAUAAUAGAAAAAGCAACGAAUCAAACUUUCUUAGAAUCGUUACUAAACAUGUGUCAACAGUGGUAUCAAGAAAGGGAUAAAAUUUUACGUGGUAUUAAAGCUGGUGACGGUACUAGAUUUACAGCUUUUAUGUGGUUUUUAACAGAAAUGUGUGGUCAGUUAAAACGACAUCAAAUUAAAGAACAGUAUGAAUCUCUUCAACCUGAUUUAGUUUUACUUUCCAUUUUAGCCAAAUGCUGUCAAGCCUGCGUUUGUUUACCCAUUAAAUGUUUGUCGGAAACCGAGUGUUUAUUCUUCGUUCUAACUUCAAUCGGAAGGGACUUAGAAGUGGAACUUCCGCAGCAACUAGAACAAUUAUUAGAUAAUGUAAGGGAUGGUUUUUUAGCAAGCGCUGGUUCUCCUGCGGUUCGUCGUACUUUACUGCAGUUAAUUGAACUUCACGCAUCCAACUGGCAAUUGCCUGGAUCAUCAGUUUUAUAUUACUAUCCUAGAAUAAAGUAAAUUUAUAUAAUUAUGAACUGUGGACCAAAAAAGACUGCACUUUUAAUUUUAAUAUUUACCCCAGUUUAUUUAUACAGGAAAACAUUAUU